AUGCUGCCUCGGUGUCACCGCCAUAAUGAUCCCUCAUGCUGCCUCGGUGUUACAGAUAAAAGCGUCCCCUCCCGCCGCCGGCUCGCUCUUCAGUUCCGCACGCACCCAGCGCCCCCGCUGGCCUCGGAGGGGCCUCGCGGUGUUGGAGGGAGGGAUCGGGCCCAGCUGUGGAGCAGGGGACGAUCGGGGCCAGCUGUGGCCGUGGGAGGGUAGAAGGAUCGUGCCCAGCUGGGGGAGGCACACGCAGCCCCAUUUAAGCCCGCCCGCAGCCCCUCACAUGAUGGGAGUGUGACGGGUCCGGGCACGAGGUAACGGCGAUGGCGCUGAGCAGAGUCCGCCUGUUCCAGCCCCGCGGGGAGGGCACCCGGCUGCUGCCCCAGGCAUCCAGGCUGGUGGAGCUGCCCUACUCCUCCUUUGAUGAUGAUGAUGAUGGUGAUGACACCGUUGAGCAGGACCCCGGAGUGUGGUACCCCGACCCCCCCAAACUGAGCCCCUUCAGCCGCUGUGUGCGCUACCUGGCCAUCCUCUGGAACCUCCUCUUCCUCCUGCUGGGGCUGCUGACCCUUGCUGUGGGGGUCUGGGGGCUGCUGACCAAGAGCCCCCUGCCCGGGGGGGAGCGUGGGGCACCCCUGGGCUCGGACCCCAUGCUGCUCUUCGUGCUGGCGGGGCUGGGGGCCAGCAGCGUGUCCCUGGCUGGCUGCCUGGGCGCCCUGCGAGCCAGCCCCUGCCUGCUGCGCUUCUUCCUGGGUGCCGUGCUGGCUUUCGGGGGGCUGGAGCUGCUGGGGGGGCUCCUGCUGCUGCUGCUGCGGCGGCGGCUGCGGGACGCGCUGCGGGACCUGCUGCUGCUCUGCCUCCUGCGCUACCGGGAGGACCCCGACCUGCAGUUCCUGCUGGAUGAGGUGCAGAGGAGCCUCCAGUGCUGCGGCCUCGUGUCCUACCGUGACUGGGAGAGCAACCCGUACUUCAACUGCAGCGCCCCGGGCGUGCAGGCGUGCGGCGUGCCGGCCUCCUGCUGCCAGGAGCCGCUGCAGAACGGCUCGGUGCCCAACGCCCAGUGCGGGUUCGGGGCGCUGGCGCUGGGCCCGGCGGCGGCCGGGGCCGCGCUGCACGCGGGGGGAUGCGGGGCCGCGCUGGCCGCGUGGCUGCGGGGCCAGGCCGGGGCCAUCGCCGCCGGGGCCGGCGUCUUGCUGCUGCUGGAGGCCCUGGGAGCGCUCCUGGCUCUGAGGGUGCUCGGGGAUAUCCGGCCGUGAGGGAUAUGGGGAUUGCCUGGUUUGGUGCUAAAUAAACCUUGUCGGAAGUCCUGAACCCGUCUGGUCUGGUCUGUGCUGCCGUCAGCACUGCUGCUGAGGGUGCGCAGGGACUUUGGGGAUGUCUGGGGUGCUGGUCCAGCCCCAAAUCUUGUCAGCGUUCUGAACCCAUCUGUGUCCUGCCCAUCCCACCCCAGGGUCUUGAGAGCUGGGGCCAGGCGGGGCCGGUGUCCUGCUGCUGCUGGAGGCAGUGGGAGUGCUCCUGGCUCUGAGGGUGCUCGGGGAUAUCGCAGCUGUGAGGGCAGCGUGGGGAUCGCGAUAGGCAGGGGCUGGUUUGGUGCUAGAUAAGUCUUGUCAAAAAUCCUGAACGCGUCUGGGUCUUGUGUGUGCUGCCAUCGCCACUGGUGCUGCUGCUGAGGGUGUGCAGGGAUGUUGCAGCUUUGGGGAUGUCUGGGGUGCUGGUCCAGCCCCAA